CGUUGUUAGCAUAUUAGCAUCAAGCUACAUGCGCUCUGCUGAGGGAAAGUAGUUAUCUUCUCCUAUUUAUACGCGCUCUGGCUGCCGUGUUCAACACACGCGUUCAUUCGACAAAAGGACGAACGCUUCCGAGGUCAUUGGGCAGAAAGGUGUCGGGUCUGGUUCAGGGUCGUUGAACGGUUAAUGUACAGAGUAAAGAGGCUGAAAAUUGAAGACAAAACAGAAGACGGCCAGGACAACGUCAGAGAGGCACUGGCAGACAUGACGGGGGUGGACGAGCUCUCGGACAGCACCGAGGUUGUGGAGAUGGAGGACGUGAACUCCACUCAGUUCCAGGUGGAGAAGCACACGUGGGACGGCUUUCGCAAGAUCAUCCACAACAGCCGCAAACACACCAGCGUGGUCAUCAGCAAGGCGCCGCACGACUUCCAGUUCAUCCAGAAAGAUGAGGCCAGUCCGCACUCUCAUCGCAUCUACUACCUUGGAAUGCAUUACGCCAGCAGGGAAAAUGCGUUACUCUACUCAGACAUUCCCAAGAAGAUCCGCAAAGACGCCCUGCUGGUGUUGUCAUGGAAACCGAUGCUGGAUCACUUCCAGGCCAGCCCUCACCACGGGGGCAUCUCUCGGGAAGAGGAGCUGCUGCGGGAGAGGAAGCGUUUGGGGGUAUCAGGCAUCACCUCCUACGACUACCACCGGCCCAGCGGCCUCUUCCUCUUUCAGGCCAACAGCAGCCUGUACUACUGCCGCGACGGUGGAAACAACAGCCUCAUUACUUCUCCUGUAAAACCCGUGGAGAUUAAGAGCCAGAAUUCAGGAACGCGCAUGGACCCCAAGAUCUGCCCCGGCGACCCCAACUUCAUCGGCUUCAUCAACAACAACGACAUCUGGGUGACGAACAUCGAGACGGGAGAAGAGAGGAGACUCACCUUCUGCCACAAAUGCGUCGAAAACCCAAAAGAGGAUCCUAAAUCUGCUGGUAUAGCUACUUUUGUAACCCAAGAAGAAUUCGAUCGCUUCACUGGAUACUGGUGGUCUCCGGCUGCGUGUGAAGAGUCUGACGGGGGUAAGACUCUGCAGAUUUUGUAUGAGGAGGUGGACGAGUCCGAGGUGGAGAUCAUCCACGUCCCGUCUCCAGCUCUGGAGGAGCGUAAGACAGACGUCUACAGAUACCCACGUGCAGGCAGCAAGAAUCCUGAUAUCACCCUCAAAAUAGCAGAAAUCAGGACGGACGGUCUCGGCAAAAUUGUCAGCACACAGGAAAAGGAGCUGCCUGUGCCCUUCAGCCGCCUGUUUCCCACUGCAGAGUACAUUACGAGGGCCGGAUGGACGAGAGACGGUCGAUAUGCGUGGGCGGUCAUGAUGGACAGACGGCAGCAGCAUCUCCAGUUAGUCCUGCUGCCUCCUGCGCUCUUCAUCCCCGUCCAUCAGGACGAAGCCAAAAGACAAGAGAGCCUGGAGGCCCUCGGAGACACAGUCCAACCCUUCAUCAUCUACCAGGAGACGAGUGAUAUCUGGAUCAAUGUCCAUGACAUCUUCCAUCCUUUCAUCCAAACCAGUGAGGAUGAGUUCACCUUCAUCACAGUAAACGAGUCCAAAACCGGCUUCUGCCACCUGUAUAAGAUCACCUCAGUGUUAGAGCGCGGCAGAUAUCACUGGGCCAAAGGCUACACACACUCUGAAGAUGAUUUCAAGUGUCCAGUCAAAGAGGAGGUGACUGUCACCAGUGGGGACUGGGAGGUGCUGGCCAAUCACGGAGCAAAGCGCUCGUCAAGUCCUCAGAUUUGGGUGGACGAAGCAGCAAAGCUGGUUUACUUCCAGGGAACCAAAGACUCGCCCCUGGAGCAUCACCUUUAUGUGGUGAGCUACGACUCGCCGGGCGAAAUCGUCAGACUCACCAAACCCGGCUUCUCCCACAGCUGCUCCGUGAGCCAGACCUUUGACAUGUUUAUCAGCCACUACAGCAGCUUGAACACUACGCCCUGUGUUCACAUCUACAAGCUGAGCGGCUCAGACAGCGACCCCCUGCACAAAGAGCCCCAGUUCUGUGCCAGCAUGAUGGAAGCUUCAAGCUUCUCGUUUGACCCCAGCCCUCCAGAGAUCUUUAGCUUCACGGGGAAGUCGGGCUUUGAGCUCUACGGCAUGUUGUAUAAACCACACAACCUGGUCCCCGGCAAGAAGCAUCCCACCGUCGUCUUUGUUUACGGGGGUCCUCAGGUGCAGUUAGUUAAUAACUCUUAUAAAGGAGUGAAGUACCUGCGGUUGAUCACGCUGGCGUCUCUGGGCUACGUCGUGUUGGUGAUCGAUGGACGGGGCUCCUGUCAGCGAGGACUCAAGUUUGAAGGAGCAGUAAAGGACAAAAUGGGUCAGGUGGAGAUUGAAGACCAGGUGGAGGGUUUGCACUACGUAGCUGACAAGUACAAGUUUGUGGACCUGAGUCGUGUCGCCAUCCACGGCUGGUCGUACGGAGGCUUCCUCUCCCUCAUGGGCCUCAUCCACAAACCCGACGUCUUUAAGGUUGCCAUAGCAGGCGCUCCAGUGACCCUGUGGAUGGCCUACGACACCGGCUACACGGAGCGAUAUCUGGACACGCCCGAGAAAAACCAGAAGGGAUAUGAAGCUUGUUCUGUCGCCCUGCAUGUCGACAAACUCCCCAGCGAGCCCAACAGGCUGCUGAUCCUGCAUGGAUUCCUAGAUGAGAACGUGCACUUUUUCCACACUAACUUCCUGGUGUCUCAGCUGAUCCGAGCGGGGAAGCCGUACAGCCUGCAGGUUUAUCCCAAUGAACGACACAGCAUCAGGUGUCCAGAGUCUGGAGAGCACUAUGAGAUUACACUGCUGCACUUCCUCCAGCAGAACCUCUGAUAAGCCUUUCAUUUCACGGCCUCCUCUCUUCCUGCUCUCUUCUCCUCAUCCUCCCUUUCACAUUCCUGCAUCAACCUCUCUCUCUUCACUCAGUUUUAAUGCAGUCUAUGCCAAACCUCAUCACACCUCAAAGAGUUUUUAAUCAGUCUUUCAGGUGCUGCAGCAUUUUAGCGUCAGUGAAUUCUUUAAAAGAUUAAAGUUUCAGGCUUUAAAGCUGCGUUUCCACAGCGGAGGGGAAAAAGGAUUGCUUUACGCUACGAAACAAGUAGAGGGCGCCGUUUACCCAGAACAAUCAGGGCCGGAGCUUUCUGAGUAUGUUACAGACGUGAUUAUUGAUGUUUAAGGAGCCGCUUGUUGCGCCGACAUAAUGGAAUCAUCAGCAAUGCAAAGUACAGACACGGACCUUUCCUUUUCCUUUUGGUGCUUCUGUUUUACUAGGACCCAUCACUAUUUCCCUCUGUGAAUAAACACUGGUGUGAUGUUAUCAAAUGUAAUAACAAGCAGCGCUUAACCUUCUCUGUCGGACACGUCGUAGUCUUAUUUGCUUUGUGAUUUGUCUCUUAUGUGUUGUCAUAGCUGACGUUUUAUGUGGUUUGCCGAACUUUGGCGAAUACACGCGAGGAAGGAAAAAAAAAAAGUUAAAUGCCACAUUUUAUUGUGUAUUAUUAAAAAAAUAUUGACUUUUAUGGAUUCUUAUGCAUUCAUAAAUGGUGGACAUAUGUAGCGACCUGUCGCUGUUGCUUUAACUUUUCUGGGGAGCUUCUUUUUUCUUCUGCCGCUGAGGACGUUUGCACAGUACAGUACGUAUUUGCCUUGGUGCCAACACACUCGCUUACAAAGUGAUGUGAAACAAAAUCGUUGGCAGUCUGAGGUGCCUUGAGUUUCAGAGCGCCCGCUCAUAAAGUGCAUAUAUAUAUAAAUAUAAAUAUAUAUCAGGGAAUCUGUCAAAGGACCUACGACGAUAAAAUGCCUUGUAACUCAAGUGUCUGAUGAACAUCUGUAAGAUGAGCGACCAUGACCUGUACAUGGUUAAAUGUACUCUCAGAUACUAAAGAAAUAAAAAGAAGUGAACAAUCUUUUUUUCCAA